CACUUCUAUUUCAACCUCCUCUCUGCUCUGCUCAAUCCGACUUGCCUAUGUCUUCGUCUCACUCAAAGCCUGCCUCGACCAGCUUCUGCCUCUGCCAGUAGCCACUGCCCCUCUGCCACGUCCUCCGCCAUGAUCGCCUCGUCACGACUUGCCGCCCUCGCGGCCCUGCUGCUCACCCACACGACCCUGGGCUCAUCGACGACGACAGCCUCGCCCUCCGCCACCCACGGCCUGCGCCUCGUCAAGACGGCCCUCGACCACGACGGCUUCUGGGUCACAGAGCAGGAAAAGUUCGACAUGCUCAUCGCUCGCCACGUCCACUUUGUCGACAUCACAGACACCCGCGACACGGAGCUCCUCCGCCGCGACCGCGCCCUCCAGACUCGGCAGAGUGGCGGCAGCGGCAACGCCUCAUACCCAUACCCGGCCACGGCCCAGCAUGCCGACGAUGCCAAGCCGCUCCUCGCCGCCAUCAAUGGCGACAACCAGGUCGCCCGCGCCAAGGAGAUGACCGACAUGUUCUCGCGCUACUACCGCGGCUGCUGGGCCCGCCACGCCGCCGACUGGAUGUUUGACGCCGUCACCGCCGCCGCGGAGCCCAAUUCGGCCAUCGUGGUCUCCCAGUUCGUCCACAAGGCCUACGACCAGCCGUCCGUCAUUGCUCAGAUCCCCGGCUCCGGCUCGUCCGCUUCCAAGGUCGUCAUCGUCUCCGCCCACUACGACUCCAUCAGCACAUCCGCGACUGCCCGUGCCCCUGGCGCCGACGACAAUGCCUCGGGUAUCGUCACCAUCCUUGAGGCGCUGCGUGUGCUCGCUGAGGCCGGCUUCAAGCCCGCCAACACGCUCGAGUUCCACUUCUACAGCGGCGAGGAAGGGGGCACGCUCGGGUCCCGGGACGUGAUGCAGGCCUACGCCAAGAAGGGCACCGACGUGAUUGCCAUGAUGAACCAGGACAUGACGGGCUACUCGCCCAACAACGUCAUUGCCGUGUUCACCGACUUUGUCGACCCGGCCCUGACCAAGUUCAUCACUACAAUCGUGCCCAUGUACUCGAAGCUGCCCGUCGCGACGGACAAGUGCGGCUACGGGUGCUCUGACCAUAACUCCGCGUUCGAGGUCGGCUACCCAGCCGCAUACGUGUGCGACGAGACCAUCCAGGACGCGUCGCCGUUCAUUCACUCGUCUAGGGACACGUACGACACGCUAGACUUUGACCAUAUUCUGGAGCACACAAAGUUCACCGUCGGCUUCCUCGUAGAAGGCGCCUUCUUCUAGGCGUACACAACGCACAAAACUAACUUGAACAUUUGUCAAUGCAUUUAGCAAGCGUGGGAUCAUUGCAUAUAUAGACUGGAAAAUCAUACAUUCUGCCAAACAAAGAA